AUGGCCACUACCACUGCUACUGCUACCUCUAUUGCUGCUGCCACAAUUGUCACUACCAACCUGAACCAAGGUCCCAUUCUGGCAGCCCGCUCAGACAUGUACAUGUGCUCCAGACAGUUACCUUUUUGGUUUCUGGAUGAAGACUGUGGAAUAAGGAUGACAUCUUCAUACAUGCCAUUACCAGCAUCCUCUUCUACUGAAAGGGUUGUCCAAGGAAGUGAAACAGCUAUGGAAGGGGAGUGGCCAUGGCAGGCCAGCCUCCAGCUCAUAGGGGCAGGCCAUCAGUGCGGAGCUAGCCUUAUCAGUAACACUUGGCUGCUCCCGGCCGCUCACUGCUUCCGCAAACAUAAAGACCCAAGUCAAUGGAUUGCUACUUUUGGCACGACUAUAACACCACCCGCAGUGCAACGAAGUGUGAGGAAAAUUACCUUUCAUGAGAAUUACCAUAGAGAAACAAAUGAAAAUGACAUUGCUUUGGCUUAGCUUGCUACCCGAGUUGAGUUUUCAAAUGUAGUCAGAGUUUGCCUCCCAGAUUCAUCCAUAAAGUUGCCGUCUAAAACAAGUGUAUUCGUCACAAGGUUUGGAUCCAUUGUAGAUGAUGGACCUACACAAAAUAGACUUCAGCAAGCCAGGGUGGAAACCAUAAGCACUGAUGUGUGUAACAGAAAGGAUGUGUAUGAUGGCCUGAUAACUUCAGGAAUGUUAUGUGCUGGAUUCAUGGAUGGAAAAGUAGAUGCAUGUAAGGGAGAUUGUGGUGGACCUCUGGUUUAUGAUAAUCAUGACAUCUGGUACCUUGUCAGUAUAGUAAGUUGGGGACAAUCAUGUGCUCUUCCCAAAAAACCUGGGGUCUACACAAGAGUGAGUCAGUAUCGAGGCUGGAUUGCCUCAAAGACUGGUAUCUAG